CCCGUUUACAAAAAGCCCGCCCAAAUCCCAAACCCGGGUUAUCUUUCAGAAAAUGCUGUCCCUCCAAUCCUUGAAUUGGUCUUCCAUUAAACCCUUUCCUAUAAACCCUAGAAACCCUGCAUUUUGGAGACUCCUCAGCACAUCUUCCGCUUAUCCCGAUUCCAUUCCGGCUGAUUAUUCCGAUUCCGAUGACUCCCAGGACUCUAUUUCCGGCCGGCCGAACAAUUUCUCCGGCCACAAAAUUGAGGAGACGGUGGCGCUGGAUUCGGCAAAAUUGAGAGUUGAUUCAUGGAUUUCUUCCCGCAUUAACGGAAUCAGUAGAGCUAGGGUUCAGUCCAGCAUUCGUUCAGGAUUAGUUUCCGUUAAUGGCCACGUCAUCAGUAAGGUUUCGCACGUGGUUCGAGACGGCGACUCGGUGAACUGCACUAUAGCCGAAUUGCAGCCUUUGAGGGCUGAACCAGAGAAUAUUCCGUUGGAUAUAGUUUAUGAAGAUGAUCAUCUUCUUGUUGUCAAUAAACCUGCUCACAUGGUCGUUCAUCCAGCACCAGGAAAUGCAAAUGGAACACUCGUAAACGGGAUUCUUCACCACUGCAGACUUUCCACCGUAUGCUUCAAUCCAGAGUCACUCCCCGAUAAUAUCGACGACGACGAUUCGAUCGACGAGGCCACCGUGUUUCCCUCCGAGUCGUCCGUACGCCCCGGAAUUGUGCAUAGAUUGGACAAAGGCACAAGUGGAUUACUUGUCGUUGCAAAGGACGAGCAUUCGCAUUCCCAUCUGGCUGAACAGUUCAAGAAACACACUGUAAAAAGAGUAUACGUAAGUCUUACAUGUGGGGUCCCCUCUCCCGUUUCUGGUCGUGUUGAUAUUCCAAUCGGCCGUGAUUCAAAUAACAGAAUUCGUAUGGUAGCUAUUCCUGGAUCCGCCUUACACGGAAAGGCACGCCAUGCUGUCAGUAGGUAUAAAGUAGUCGAAAUACUUGCUGGUGGUGGUUGUGCAUUGGUGGAAUGGAGGUUGGAAACCGGGCGUACUCAUCAGAUCCGAGCACACGCGAAGUAUCUUGGUAUUCCACUAUUAGGAGACGAUGUGUAUGGAGGAACGAAACACAUGGCUUUAUCUCAGCUUCAGUCGAAGAAUUCUUCAAGCUAUUACGGCCAAAUUCAUCAAUUGGUUGCUAAAUUAGAAAGACCUUCCCUUCAUGCUUUAAGCCUCGGGUUUAGGCAUCCACACAAAGGUGAAGACCUGCAUUUUUCUCAGAUGCCGCCUUUCGAUUUCGCCGAGAUUUUGGAUUGUCUUCGUAACAUUAGCUCCGAGAAGGUAUAACUUGUUCAACAGUACGGUAUCGAACCGGAUUCACUUCUUAACCAAUCACAUAAUUUAUUUAUUUAUUUAUAUUGGUUGAAAUUUUAUUACCAAAUGGUUGGUUCAUCAUUGGUUUUUUAUUACCUAUGAUGCUAGAAAAUUGAUCCACUAUCACCACUGUUUGUAUCCCUAGCUAAAAUUUUCUUUUAAUUAUUUUAAUAAAUUAAUUGACUUAA